AUGUUUAGAAAGCUUCAAGUUUUGCAACAACAUUCUCUAAGUGUGGAGGAAUAUGUGGUGGAGUUUGAGAGGAUAAACAUGCUAUGUGAUGUGGAUGAGAAAGCCGAGCAUAAAAUUGCUCGUUUCAUUGCUGGUUUGGACAAGAAGUUAGCCAAGAAGGUUGACCUACAACCCUAUUGGAGUUUUGAAGAGGUGGUACAAGUGGCUAUGAGGGCUGAGAAGUAUGUUAAGGCCAAGAAAGCCUCCACCUUUAAGCCUUUUGUGAAGCAAGGAGAUAAGCAAAGUGGCGCCAAGAGAGAGGAAGGAAGUAGCUACACUACCCCUACUAGAUUCGACAACUUUAAGGGGGAUAAUGGGAAGUCUUCUACACCUUUAGCCACUGAAGAGAGGCGCAUAUGCUUCAAGUGUAAAGGCUAUGGACACAUCUUAAAGGAUUGCCCUAAUAAUAGAGUGAUGCCAUUAAGGGACAUCCAAGAUAUUGAUGCUGACUCUGCUAAGCGAAGCUUCGAAGAAGAGGAGCAUGAGGGGGACAAGGAACAUGAUGAAGAGGUAACAUAUGAGAUAGACUCAGAAGAGGAGCUAGUGUAUGAGGGACAACAACUCAUUGUGAGGCGUAUGCUCCACACACAACCAGCCCCUUUGGAUCACACUCAAAGGGACAAGAUCUUCUUCACUCGUUGUUUGGUCAAGCAAAGGGUAUGUGAUUUGAUCAUUGACAAUGGUAGUUGUGCUAAUGUAGUGUCUACCAAUCUUGUUGAUAAACUACAAUGGCCUACUUCAAACCAUCCACGCCCCUACAAAUUCAAUUUGCUCAGUGAUGAUAAUGCCAUCAAGGUGACAAAGCAAGCCUUAAUUUUGUUCGAAAUUGGUAAGUUUAAAGAUGAAGUUUUAUGUGAUGUAUGCAACAUGGAUGCUUGCCACAUUCUUUUGGGACGACCAUGGCAAUAUGAUCGACAUGUGAAGUAUGAUGGACGUACCAAUGUAUGCAUUGCUACUGUGGGAGGUAAGAGGACAGCCUUGAAGCCUUUGACUUCCACACCUCCAAAGAAAGGCUCAUUGUUAGUAAGUGCUAAAGAGAUUGAGAGGGAUUUGGAGGAAGAAAAUGAUGGUGAUGUGUUCCCUCAAGACUUGCCUCCAGGAUUGCCACCUAUUCGAGGUAUUGAGCAUCAAAUCGACCUAAUUCCAGGUGCUUCCUUACCUAACAUAGCUGCUUAUAGAUGCAAUCCCCAAGAGACACAAGAAUUACAAAAGCAAAUUGAAGAGUUAAUGGCUAGGGGAUAUGUACGUGAAAGCAUGAGUCCAUGUGCCGUUCCUGCUUUGUUAGUACCCAAGAAAGAUGGUACUUGGCGCAUGUGCAUUGAUAGUAGGGCAGUUAACAACAUCACCAUUAAGUAUCGUUUUCCUAUCUCUAGGUUGGAUGACUUACUUGAUGAAUUACAUGGUUCUACUAUUUUUUCUAAAAUUGAUUUGAGGAGUGGUUACCAUCAAAUCAGAAUGAGAGAAGGAGACGGGUGGAAAACAGCCUUCAAGACCAAGAUGGGGCUAUAUGAGUGGCUUGUUAUGCCAUUUGGACUUACUAAUGCACCUAGCACUUUCAUGAGGUUGAUGAAUGAGGUGUUAAAGCCCUUCUUAGGCAGGUGUGUGGUGGUUUACCUUGAUGAUAUACUUGUCUAUAGUAGGAGUGUGGUUGAACAUUUGACUCACUUGAAGGAGGUAUUUAAGGUAUUGCGCCAACACAAGCUCUAUGGGAAGCUUGAUAAGUGCUAUUUUCUAGUUCCUAGUGUCACAUUCUUGGGCUACAUUGUCUCUAAAGAUGGCGUUUCAGUUGAUCCAUCUAAGGUAGACGCAAUCAAGAGUUGGCCUAUUCCUUCUACUAUUUCUGAGGUACGUUCCUUCCAUGGUCUAGCCUCUUUCUAUAGAAGGUUUGUGCGAAAUUUCAGCAGCAUUGUAGCCCCUAUGACCGAGUGUAUCAAGCAAGGCAAGUUCAUAUGGACCAAGGCAGCCCAACAAGCUUUCGACACUAUUAAAGACUUGUCGUGCAACACACCUAUCCUUGCACUUCCAGAUUUCAGUCAACCAUUUGAAGUAGAAUGUGAUGCUAGUGGUGUUAGGAUUGGAGCUCAAAAGUUAAACCCUAGACAUGCUAAAUGGGUUGAGUUUUUACAAUCUUUUAACUUCUCUUCUAAGUACAAGGAAGGCAAGGCUAAUGUGGUGGCAGAUGCUUUAUCUAGAAGGCACUCUUUACUUGGAGUGUUGAGUUCAAGACUCCUUGGGUUUGAAUUGGUGAAGGAGUACUACAAGGAAGAUGAGAAGUUUAGGGAGAUCUUAGGCGCGUGCUCCAAGGGAUCACAUGGUUCUUAUGUGCUCCAUGAUGGCUUUAGUUUCAAAGGGGAAAGACUAUGCAUCCCUACUUGUUCUAUUCAUGAGCUUUUGGUAAGGGAGGCUCGUGGUGGGGGUUUAGCUGGUCACUUUGGCAUGAAAAGACUUUGGCUAUUCUACAAGAGCAUUUUUAUUGGCCAAAGAUGCAAGGUGAUGUUCAAGGGGUUAUCUCAAGAUGUGGCUAUGGAUUUCAUUGUGGGAUUGCCUAGAACACAAAGGGGCAAGGAUUCGAUCAUGGUGGUCAUUGAUAGGUUUUCUAAGAUGGCACACUUUGUCCCUUGUCACAAAACUGAUGAUGCUUCAAAGACACUAUGGAAGCUCCUUGGUACAAAGUUAUGCUUUAGUACUUCACAUCAUCCACAAACUGAUGGCCAAACUAAAGUGACUAAUAGAACUUUAGGCGCCUUACUUAGAGGGUUGGUAAGUAAGAGUACCAAGGAUUGGGAUGUGAAGCUUGCAUAUGCUGAGUUUGCUUACAAUAGGCCACCUACUUAUGCCACAAGAUGCUCUCCAUUUGAGGUUGUCUAUGGUUCGAACCCUAGGGUGCCUAUUGACCUUAUUCCCUUCCCUAGUGAUGAAGUUUAUCAUGUGGAUGCUAAGGAAAAGGCGCAAGCCAUGCUAAAGCUUCAUGCACAAGUCAAGGCCAGAAUUGAGAAAGUGAACACCAAAUAUCAACAACUAGCUAACAAGAAUCGAGUACAACAAAUGUUUAAGGUUGGUGAUUUGGUUUGGUUGCACUUAAGGAAGGAAAGGUUCCCAUGCCUUAGAAAGAAUAAGCUUAUGCCACGCUCAGAUGGUCCUUUCAAGAUUUUAGAGAAGGUUAAUGACAAUGCCUUCAAGCUUGACUUACCUGGAGACUACAAUCAAGCUAAGCUGUCUGCAGGAACACCCUCCCAGAAGAUACCUUCUCCACCAUCUUCCCCGCACCAAGAAUCCCCCACUUCACCUAUUACUCUCAACAUGGGUGAGAAUGUUACUCGAACCUUCAGAGACUACGCACAACCAUCUCCUAAUAAUGUGCCUACUGGGGUACGGAUGCCCACUAUUGCUGCUACAAAUUUUGAGAUCAAGUCUCAUGUUCUGAAUAUGAUUGUCAUUGAUGUGUUGGUUAAUGAUGACAUGCCUAAAUCCCUUCUGCGGGAUACUUUGGAGGCUUUGCUUUGUUUUACAUAUUCCACGGGUGAUGAUAGUCUCCGGAAUAGUGACAUGGAUGAUUGGGAAGCAGCUUUUACCUGUGUAGAGCUUGACGGUAUUACCACUCAUGAGGACGAACGGCAUAAAAUUCAUCUCGAGGAUGAUCAUCGUCCUAGUAUACAAGGUCAGCGUCAUUUGAACCCCAAUAUGCAAGAAGCUGUCAAAAAAGAGAGGAAAGACAACAUCCUUCAUGCCAUCUACUAUGCUAGGAAGACACUAGAUGAAGCUCAAGUCAUUGUCUACACCGAUCAUGCUGCAUUGAAGUACCUCCUAGCAAAAACGGAGGCAAAGCCUCGACUCAUUCGGUGGAUUUUGCUGCUCCAAGAAUUCGACUUGGACAUUAAAGAUAAAAAAGGUGCAGAAAAUGUAGUGGCUGACCACUUGUCCCGAUUGCAGUAUGAGGAUUUGGAAGAAGGCCUACCCAUUGAUGACCCCUUUCCUGAUGAUAAGCUCCUGGCAGUCACUUCUAUUACCCUAUGGAUUGGUGACCAACUGGAGAAGUUCAUGCAAAAAUUCGCGGCAUUGCUUACUGGAGCAAAGCCUGAGGAGAUGAUGAGCAUGCUCCAGCGGAUGGAGACUAGCAUUACGGCCAACCCGACGACCAUCCAGGGCAUCAGCCAGCAGGUUGAUGCCAAUGGUGUACUUCUUCAGAAUCUCAGUCAGCAGGUCGAUACAUUGGCCAAUGAUCAGCACCUGGCUCUGUAUUCGAUGUACGACGAGAACUGCCGCCUUCAUCGCAUUGUUGAGCAUGAUGCACACCCUUCUUGGUACACUUAG